AUGUCGUCUACACAAGAGGUCUCCGAACAAACCGGCCGGCCUCGGCGGAGAGAAUCCGAGGAACGACGAUGGAACGACCACACCCCUGUCGACAAAGAUGAAUACGUGAAAGGCAUGAUUGUGAACUUCCCUGAUGUGGUUCUUUGCGAAGAGAAAGACCCCAACGCUGUCUCGACGCAGUUCGGCUGGUUGUGUUUCAAGACCAGAUACGGUAUCGUCAUCGACAACACCACCGAACUUGAGGUUCUGAAGCUCGGCACUGCAGGAGGCAGCGGACCGUCAUCGAAGCCCAUAGAAGUCCGCGUGGAUUGCUUCGGUCUCAAGAAAGCAGAAGAUGCAGAAUACUACUGCUGGGACGAGCGCAAGGGAAAAGAGGUCGCCUAUGUUCCAGAGAAGGGCGUCUAUGACAUAGAAGCGAAUUGCCCAUACCAACCCAAGACGGGCGCCUUUGGAAAUGUUUUAGAUGCUAUCCACCUCCCGCAUGACUCCCGUAUUCAAGUAUGCGGAGCGAUUGAGGAAGACGUCCUCAACGCGAUUCUUAAGAAGCGCAAUCGAAGACUUCUACAGAAACAAAGCAGGAGCACCCCCAAGGACAUGUGGAUUGAGGAAUUGGAGGCACGUCUGGACAAGGACAAGCAUGCUCAGCAAGAUGCAGAUGACAAGGCCCGCCCAGAGCAGAUGAAGCAAGAUCAGCAGACAAAGGUCUACAAGAACGAAGUGUUCAUGGAGUCUCUCGGCGCCGAGCUCCUGACAGACCUGGUAGCAACGACGUUAGCAACCGCCCUCCGCACAAUGCUCCACGACAACCACGCCAAGGCAACUCACGCCCUAGUCGACGGUCCUCUGGGAGCCAUGGUAACAUCAUUGAGGACCAGGCGCGAGCCAAUGGACGUCCAGAGCCGGCCCCAGGCAACGAUGAUCGAAGCACCGAGACCCGGCGUCGGCGCAACAGUGGUACUGAUGAUCGACAUGGCGCAAGGCAGCCGUGGAGCGAACAUGUCUUUCGCAGCCAACUCGACUACUGGCGACUACCAAUACCAGCCACUAGACCAUGCGACACAGCAAAUAAGGCUUGUCACGCUCCAGGAUCCGCUGGAGAACGACGACGCUAUACGUCUCGACAUCGAAGUCUUCGAAAUCUCGGAAGCCCCGCCAUAUACAGCCCUGUCCUAUGUUUGGGGUCCACCAUCAAACAAUGCUGUUUACAUCGCGACCGGAAGGCUUGAAAUCCGAGAUAAUCUGUUCAAAUUUCUCACUGAGUUCCGAAAAUACCACGACAAGACGCCUUCCGAUCGCUAUAUGUGGAUUGACCAGCUGUGCAUUCAUCAGUCGAGUACUGUCGAGCGCAACCACCAAGUGCAGAUGAUGAGCGAUAUCUACAGCAAAGCUACGUCGGUCAUUGCGUGGUUGGGCGAUGGUUCUGAGAGAGCCGACCCUUCGACACGCAUUGCCACCCGCGAAUGCGACAAGUUCGAAAACACAAGAGAAACUUUCAUUUUCAAUUCUACAAAAUAUGUCGUAAUGGCAGACUGGGACGCUUUCGUGGUCAUGCUUGUCCGAUCACCGCAGUAG